AUGGCCGCUAAGUCGGAUGGAGCAGCGGUGUCUGUGGAAGAUGACAACACGCCCAGGAGCCUCUCGGAGCCGGGCAUUCCCGUCACCCGGCCCCGCUGCAGCGCCACCGGUGGGAAACCCUACACCCUGCUGGACUGCUGCUGGGUGCUCUGCGCCCUGCUCGUCUUUUUCUCCGACGGCGCGACCGACCUGUGGCUGGCCGCCGACUACCACCUGAGAGGUCACUACUGGUGGUUCGGCUUGACGCUCGUCUUCGUCGUGGUGCCCUCCGCUGUCGUCCAGGUAUUGAGUUUCAGGUGGUUCGUCUAUGACUACUCGGAUCUGAGCUGCGGGGACGGAGCAGCGAGCGGCACCGGCGCGGCGGCAGCAGGCGCGGCAUGUGGAGCUGCCGCGGCGGGCGACCACACUUUAAGCACCAAGGACAGCAACCAACGCGGUGAGAGCGCGGCGGCGGGCGACGCCGCGAAUGCCACCCCGGUUUGCACGUCUUCUGCCCUUUCUGCGACGGCAGGGACAGUCGGAGCCCCCCGGAGGUGCUGCACCGUCUGCAUGUGGGUCUUUCAAACCGUGCUUCACGUCCUGCAGCUGGGGCAAGUGUGGAGGUACAUCCACGCUCUCUACCUUGGUGCCCAGAGCCGUUGGCACAGCAACGGGCCACGUCGCCACUUCCACUGGCGGCUGAUGUUUGAGAGUGCUGACAUCACCAUGCUGCGCCUCCUGGAGGCCUUCCUGAAGUCGGCUCCGCAGCUCGUCCUCCAGCUGAGCAUCAUGAUCCACGGAAACAUCGUCCUCCCUCUGCAAGGUCUCUCUGCCUCGGCCUCCCUGGUCUCCCUGGCCUGGAUGAUCGCCUCCUACCAGAAGGUUCUCCGAGACUCCCGCGACGACAAGCUGCCCAUGUCCUACAAGGCUGUGAUCACCCAGAUGCUGUGGCACUUCUUCACCAUUGGGGCGAGGACCGUGGCCUUUGCCCUCUUCGCCUCCGUCUUCCAGCUCUACUUCGGCAUUUUCAUCGUCAGCCACUGGUGUGUCAUGACCUUCUGGAUCAUCCAAGGUGAAACUGACUUCUGCAUGUCCAAAUGGGAGGAGAUCAUCUAUAACAUGGUGGUGGGCAUCAUCUACAUCUUCUGCUGGUUCAAUGUCAAGGAAGGCCCCAGCCGCUUACGUAUGACCGUCUACUAUUCUGUGACGCUGGCUGAGAAUGUGGCCUUGACCGCCGCCUGGUACACCUACCGUGACACACAGACCUCCGACUCCUCCGCCCUGGUGGUGGUGUGCCUGGUGGCCUGCAGUUUCGCCCUGGGAACCUUCUUCAUGUUGGUGUACUACUGCUGGCUGCACCCUGAUGGGCCCGUUCUGGGCUCACAGUGGGGAGGUUGUGUGGACGAGGGUGUGGUGAGUGCAGGAGGGGUAGCGGGAGUGAUUGAUGCUUGCCUCACCCCAUCCCAAGGGUCCCAAACCGACAUGGUCAUUACCAGCCCUCCAAGGACUCUCCCCAGGACUAAAGACACAGGGGAGCCGGUUCCCGGAGAGCGAGACAAGGACAGAGACAGGGACAGUUGCCUGCCUGUCUUCCAGGUACGUCCCUCCCCAGCAUCUUCUCCUGCACUCCUUCACAGGACCUCCUCCUCAUCUCGUGCACAGGACGGACCUGUGAUCCGGAUCGACCUCCCAAGGAAGCGAUACCCAGCCUGGGAUGCACACUUUAUUGAUCGGCGCCUUCGCAAAACCAUUCUGCUUCUGGAGACCACAUCAGCCGUCAGCCCGAGGAUACAGUACAGGAGCAGCAUGAUGGGCAGCAAAGAGGUUUUAGAAUAUGAGACAACCGUCUAA